ACGAUAGGAGACGUUGUUUGCUGAUACGAUUUAGUUUUUGCUUGUAAACAAACAUAAAAUAUUAAUUCUACUUGAUAUAGUCUUACUGGUUAUCGCGAUGGACAUUGGAACUAUUGGGAAUAAUUUGGAAGCUCUUGCUGAAGAGGAUGAUGAAGAAGAAGAUAUUCAAGAAAGAACCAGAUAUGUGGUUGGAGCAGAGAAACCAGCCACCAAUGGGUCUGAUUAUGAUUCAAACACAGAUGAUGAAGAAGAUGAUGAUGAUCUAGAAGCAGAAUCAAAAGAGCCGAACAAAUUUGAUGGACUCUGUGAUGGAGUUCACAACUCCAUGGCCUUAGUUUACGCAGCACUGACAGAGCUGUUGGAGCUUAAAGAUGAUCUGCUCAGACAUGCCCUGCCACCCACCCUUCUUGUUAAACUGGCCUUAACAACAGGAAAGGUCUUCAGAAGCAUGAGUGACAUGAGUCAUCCCGUGAAUGAGCUUAUUCGGAUGGUGCGGGUGUACUCCACCCCAUGGGAGGCAAAGAGUGCUGCAUUGAAGAAACUCCACGAGAACUAUGAAAGCAAGCAGAGACAGCUCAACAUUGCCAUUAAAAGAUUGCAGCUUGUAGAUGCUCAUUCAAAGAGAAUUGCAAAAGAAAAACGAAUUAUGAACUGGGAAAAACUGUUUGCAAAAUUAACAACUGCUAGAGGCCAUGGCAGACGGUGGAAGUUUCUUAUAGAAGCCAUCAAACAGAAAGCCAAGAUGGGUUUGGAACAUGUUCAUGAGUACACCAGAGCAUUAGAAGAAAUGUCUGAUUCUGAGGAAGAAGGGUCAAAGGUCAUGGAAUCUAGUCAGAAAAGAGUAGAGAUAGAGACACCGGUAGAGGCAUCUGAACAUGACAAGGAUGAAGAAGAAGGAGCUGCAGAAGAUGAAGAGGAGAGUGAUGACGAGGAUGAGGAAGGCGAUGAAGAGACUGACAAGAAAGACAUCCCGACCGUGAUGAUCAACAUCGCUGAGGAGAGCGAUGAGAUGUCGCAGUCAGACUCACGCAGCAGGUCAUCGUCACCAAAGCGAGUGAAGUUUGAAGAGCCUAAAGUUCCACCAGUGAUUAAGCCUCCGACACGAGACAAUGGCAUGUCGACGGGUGAGGCAGAGUAUGACGUCUACCUCCACGUGAGAGUGUUCACACCGGAAGACAUCAACAAGAAGGAACUCAAGUGCUCACUAACUUUCGGCAGUCAGAGGUUUAAAACAGGGAUACUCGAUGCAGUUGAUGAGGAGGAUGAGGAACCAGCAGAACCAGUUCAGAGACCUCAGGCUGCAGGACGAGGCAGAAACGCUGCUGGUACUACGACUGCUGUCCAGGACGUUGGUAAAAAGAAAGCUAAACAUGAAGAGUUCAUGCUCAGACUUCCUGAUGAGAUUCCACCUGGUGUCAUCGACUUGAACAAGUCAAAAGAAGAACUCCCCAAGUCAGUACAGAUUGCUGUGCAUUAUGGGAAAUUUGAGGAGAUCUAUGCAAUGGCAUCUAUUGAAAUUCAAGAUCUAAAAGAAUUGGACUUGAGGACAGUCUAUUUGCCACCACCAAAGGGAGACGAUGAUGUCCCUAAGCCUCCGAAAGAUUCAUAUGACCUUGAUGAUGACUUUGACUCUCUGAGCCACUCAACGGAUCUCUCGUUUGAUGAGGAUGAAUCAGACAAUACCAGGCUGAAAGACGACCCAGUAAAAGACGUGGACCCUCUGCCAUUUCCAUUGUUCUCACUGCACGGUGGCAGAUCAGACACUCUUCACAUGCCAUGUGGAAACCUGCCACUUGUCCUGUAUUGGGGGAAGAAACGAAGACCAACUAGUUUCAACAGGCAGUGUGGCACGUAUGGUGUGAAAGAGCUUGUGUUUGACCUGACUGGCAUUGAUCUGAACACAACUACGAAGGAAGAUCUCCACAAGGACCUGAGGGACGAGGCAACGUCGGCCCUAGAAUUCACACCUGAACCACAGGAGGAAACAAUUUUGAAAGCUGAGUAUGAUGAUCUUGUGUCUUCACACAAUGAAGACAUGCAGAUACUUAAAGAGACAUAUGAAAACCAGCUCAAGGAGCUAGUGGCUCAGCUGCAGCAGAUGGAGCUGGAUCGCCAGGAGUUGCUGCUACAGCAGGAGCAGCAGGCCCUCCGCCCCCACUCGGAGGGGAGUCGUGCCACCACCACCUCCCCCUCUGCCCUCGACCGCACCAGACGCAGCCCCACCACCAGGUCCAGUCCCUCCAGAGUGUUCGCAGAAUCAAGAGUCGAGGAUAAGGCCGUUCCGUUCACGCCAGCUAAAGCUCUCGGUAACGGCAUGAGACCAUUGCCUGCAAAGGUCCAAAAGCCAAGGAAAAACUUCCGAAUUGGACGUCCAUUACCAAAGUGGGGAGAAUCGUUGCCAGAGGAUUUCAUGGAGAGGCUGCAGCUGUACCAGGAGGAGAGCAAACAGCACAUGGCCGAGCUGAAUGAGAAAACUCUUCGUGACAUUCGAGACAGCAUAGAGAAGAAGCUUGCAGGGCAGCACAAACUUAGUAAACACGAGGAGAAGAUGUAUGAUGCACUCAAAGAUGUGAGUCUCCCUGCUUUGUUUAUGCCUUUCAAGACAGGGACUAUUUUCAAUCCCAGAGCGCAUCAGUAUUUUCACCCAACAGGUUCAACAGACUUACGACUGACACAACCACCAUCAAUGUUCCAGUUACCUCCCCUGCCUAAAAGUAAAAAAUUAUCUGUGGUGAACUUGUUUGAACUGAGCAGUAACUUCAGCUCUCGCAAUACGAACUGGCUCAUGGAGCGCUAUAUACACCAACAACAUCCUGUUGCUGACUCGUUUGGUCGGAUUUCGGUCGGCCCGCCGGGACAGUCCACCCAGCCGGUCACUAAUUACGUCACUCGAGAAUCUUCAAGAGCUGCCUCGGUUGCUGAGCAACCUCCGAGCUUUUCAGAACAAAACGUUGCUGAACAAGAGGUUGAAGGUUAAUUUGUGCUAAACACUUGGAGAAACCUCACAUCUCUACAGACAAAACUAUUCCUCAACAAGAUGUGGAAAGUGCAUUUCUUUUAAAAACAUUGACAAAGACCAUAUACCCUCAGAUCGUUUUAGAUCAAAAUCUUCUUGAACAGGAUAUAGAAGUUUCAUUUCUAUUAAAGGUAGGAUCAACUCAAACAAGAGCCUUAUGUGUUGGAAAGAUGCAUACCCGGACCACCAACACAUACUGACACUUUAACAAAUGAAAAACGCGUAAUUUUAGAGUUAAUAAAAAACCAUGAUUAUUCCUGCU